AACGUGACGACAGGAGAAAUGAUGGCGGUCAAGCAGGUAGACAUUCGGCGCCACCAUGCGCAAAACGCGGACGGGAUAGACGCUUUGCACUCGGAGGUGAAGACCAUGAAGGACUUGGACCACCUCAACAUCGUGCAGUAUCUCGGGUGCGAGAAAAGCGCGACGUCGUACAGCUUGUUCCUUGAGUACGUGGCCGGCGGUUCGGUGGGGUCGUGUUUGCGGAUGUACGGGCGGUUUAGCGAGCAGGUUAUCCGGUACUUGACGAAGCAGGUGCUCUUGGGCUUGAGCUACAUCCAUGACAAAGGCAUUUUGCACCGCGACUUGAAGGCAGAUAACUUAUUGUUGGAGACAGACGGCACGUGCAAGAUCUCCGACUUUGGGAUCUCGAAGAUCAGCAAAAACAUCUACGACAACAACGCGGAGAUGUCGAUGCAAGGAUCGAUCUUCUGGAUGGCGCCUGAGGUGGUGCUAUCCGCGUCUAGCAAGGAACACAAGUCGGGGUAUAGUGCGAAGGUGGAUGUCUGGUCCUUGGGUUGUGUAGUCUUGGAGAUGUUUGCAGGCCGCCGGCCAUGGUCCGAUGCCGACGCUGUCAGGGCGUUGUUCAAAUUGGGCAUUGCCAAGAGCGCGCCGCCAAUUCCUGAGGACACGCUUCCGUAUGUUAGCGAGGCGGGGAAGGACUUUCUCGCGCAGUGCUUCAAGAUCGAUCCGACCGAGCGCCCGACGGCCCAGACGCUUUUGCGGCACAAGUUUAUUGAGCUUGAGGGGGGGUUCAGGUUUGACGAGACAGAGUUGGCGCGGGGAAUGCGUGCG